CCACAGCGAGCCAGCUGGCUCGCUCCCGCUGCUCGCGCCACUUGCGCCCACACCACCCCAGCCUCGCAGCGGCCUCUGGCUCCUCCAGCCUCUCCCAGCGUCAUGUCCAAGGACCGGCGCGGCGGCAAUAAGAACCGGACCGGCGGCCCGAAGAAGGCAAAGAAGCGGGCCGGCAAGAGCAUGCGCGUGGAGAAGGCGCGUGACAAGAGCCGGAAGCGCGUCGCCGCGCUCAAGGCGCAGCAGCCGACCCGCUCCGCCUUUGAGCGCGAGGAGGUGGAGACCGACCAGCCGCGCGAGGCGACCGUCGGGACCGCAGUCGUCCUCGCGCACGGCGCGGGCGGCUCGUCCUCUCACGCGUCGAUGCGAGCCUGGCGGGAGCGGCUCGCACCGUGGUGCGACGCGGUCCUCGCCUUCGACUUCCCGCGGCCGUCGACCGACUUUGCCCGCCUCGUCGAGGCGUACGCCGCCGAGGCGGCCGCCGCCGUCGCCGCAGGCCACCAGCGCGUUGUGCUUGUUGGAGCUGGGCUGGGGGCGCGGGUGGCGCUUCACUUGGUGACCGGGCUGCUGGCGGAAGGAGAGACGGGCGCAGGCGGGGAGGGGCGCGCGGGCGCGGAGCCGCGGCAACUGCCUUGUCCCUCGGACGCUGCUGCAGACGCCGCUGCAGACGCCGCAGACGCCGCUGCAGACGCCGCUGCAGACGCCGCUGCAGACGCUGCUGCAGACGUGUUGCCUCCGCACGUUCGGCGGGCGAUCUGCGGCGUUGUGGCGCUCGGCUACCCGCUGCUGCGGCGGGCGGCGGGCGGCGGGGCAUACGAGGUCCGCGACGCUCCGAUCCGCGCGCUGGGCGGCAAGUCGCCCCCUCUCCUGCUCGUAUGCGGCGACGCGGACCCGCACUGCGACCUCGGUGCGGUGCGGGCGGCGAGCGAGGCGGCGGUUGCGCGCGGGGGCGAGGUGGCCGUGCACGUGGUGCGCGGCGGCGAUGCGAAGCUGGCCUCAAAGCUCGCGACGCCCGCGUCCGAGGAGGCGCUCGACGAGGCGAUCGCGGCGGCCGUGCGGGGGGCGGACGUGGGAAGGGGGGGCGGCGGCUCGUGAAUUCAUUGUGCUGGAGAAGCGUUGUGACCGUCCGUCGGGUGUCCCGGUAAACCCACCUACCCAGAUAAUAAGAGCACC